AUGGACGAAACAGGGAUUAAUGUUGUGCCUGACCCAGUCAAGAUCAUUACAGAAAAAGGACAGAAGAGAGUGGGUGUGUUAGCGAGUGGAGAACGAGGAAAGAACGUGACAGUCGUAUGUGCUGCUAGUGCUUCUGGAGAGUACAUCCUCCCAAUGUUCAUUUUCCCUCGUCAACGUAUGGCCCCAAGUUUGCAGAAUGGUGGAUCUACUGGUGCAGUCUACCAUUGUUCAUCCAAUGGUUGGACCAAUGCAGCCUUAUUUCUCACCUGGUUAGAGCAUUUUGUCUCUCACAAACAUUGUUCCAAAGAAGAUCCAGUGCUCGUCACACUCGACAAUCAUGACAGCCAUGGCUCUCUUGCUGCGUUUGACUACUGUCGAGACAAUGGUAUUUUUUUGCUGUCACUGCCACCUUAUACAUCUCAUCGCACUCAGCCACUCGACGUUAGCUUUUUCGGUCUACUCGAGGGUGCGUUGAAGAAGCACACUAGUGAGACCUUGAAAAAUUCAGUGGGCAAAAAAGUCACAUUUUAUGAGCUGGCUGCGAUUUUCAAUAAGGCGUAUGUUAAUGUGGCCUCCAUGCAAAAUGCUAUUUCAGGAUUUGAAGCUACGGAUAUAUAG